CAAGGGGAGAGAGAGAGAGAGAAAAAAAGGCACAAAUUAGACUUAUGGAAGGAUUUUCCAAGCGUUGCGGCAUCAGGCCUCUGAGCGGGAGGUCUUUGCUUAUUUUGCUGCUGCAAAAAGGGAGCUAAGCAUUUAGGUGUCUUAACUAUGGCCUAAAGUGCUAACAAGGGAUUAGUGAGGUAAACGUCCAAAGAGGUUUAACGCUUAAGGAGCAGUGCUGCUUCAGUAAUUACACAUGAGUUUUUUUUUUUUUGUUUUUUUUUUGCAAGGUGCACCCGGGCAAUUGGACGGGGGAGAUCACGGUGAUGUCAGGACGAGGGAGGGCUUACCGCGGCGGAUAAGGCCCGCUAAUGGAGAUGAAAGCAAUCGGUAUUUAAAAGCUCUUUUUUAGUUAAGGCAGUUAGUUAGGCUGGCAGGCAGGGAAGCCCGGGAAAGACUUCCUGUCGGAUGCUCCGGGCCUUUCUCGCUGACAUUUUUCAUUGAUUUUUUUUUUUUAAUUCCUUCUCAACUGAAACGAAGAUCCCCCUCGCUGGAUUUUAGAGCAUCCUCGUGGCGGCCGGAGGAGCGUAAGAUGACCCCUCGCGAGCAGCUGAGGAAGAUGACGGCACUGGGAGAGCAAGGAGCUUUGGAUGAGAAGCACUGGUACCGCCUGGUCAACGGCAUGUCGGCAAACGAGCUGAGACAGAGGCAGGAGAUCAUGAUGAGGAACCAAAUGGCCAUGGCGCCGCAGAUCCUCACCCAGAGCCAGCAGAGGUUACAGGGGGUCCCGACCCCGUUUGAACCACGAUUCAUGGAAAGGGAGUUAGUCCCGCCGGCUGAGAUGGUAGCUCCGGACGGAAGGCAGAUGCACAUGGGACCUCACCUGGGCCCUCCUCUGGCACCGCAUGCCGGCGUCCUCCCGGGAAGAACCUUUCCAGGAGCGGCCGGCUACGGCUUCCUGCCCUCGGAGCCCAUGGAAACGGCCGCCCGGCGACAGGAGCUCAUUCACAAGCAAAACAUGGCCAGAAUGGAGAUGAAUGCCAUCCUGCAUCAGAAAGAGCUGGAGAACGCCCACCAAAAGGGUCUGAUGGGCAUAGAGAACCCCAUGUCCUACCCUUCCAACCCCAUGACCUUCAGAGGUCGCCAGCGCAUGCCGGACGGCCACGACGUCUUCGUCCACCGGCCCACCCUGGACGAACUCCACUCCAACAGCAUCCUCAUGACGGCCAACCCUUACCCGCCUCUCGGCGCGCUGCACAGAGAGCGGGGACGCCGGGCGGCCAGGCGGCCCGCGGCCCACAAGAGCGCCGACCAUCAUGUCAAGGGCCCGGCCGAGGACAAAUGCGCGGAGCCGAGUCCGGGGGGCGCCUCCGGAGGGGAAGAGAAAGAGGUGGAGGUCAAGGGGGAGGCGGGAGACGAGUGCUCCGUCGGCAAGGCGCACCACCCGGCCAAAGCGGACUCUGAAGCGGCCGCGGGAGGCGGCAAAUCCUACAAGGAGGGCGAGGUGGGUCCGCGUAAGGCCGGCGCUCCGGACCAACGUGUGGACUCCAGCAACAGCGGAGCCAACGAAAAGGAGGCUCCGAGCCAGUGUGCCACCUUCCCGGAGAAGUUCAUGUACCCCCCAGGGGGCGUGCCUUACAUGUUCCCCGUUGCCGGGAAUGGCUUUCUACCAUCAGGUCCACCUAACGUCUUCCUAAAUGGAGAUGAGGUGUCCGAGGACAUCAGGAAAUGGAGCGUCAACGAUGUUUAUAACUUCAUCAACAGCAUUCCCUCCUGUUCGGAGUACGCUCAGACGUUUAGAGACCACCUGAUUGACGGCGAGACGCUGCCCCUCCUCUCGGAGGAACAUUUGCUGGACACACUGGGCCUUAAACUUGGGCCAGCUCUCAAAAUACGCUCUCAGGUGUCGAGGCGCAUGGGCAGCAUGCUGUACAUGAUGAACCUCCCGCUCCCCGCCGGCCCCCUGCAGGCAGCCCCCGACAAGCCCGGGGACCGUUCGUCAGAGCCGGGCUCCCCGGUGAACUGCAACGGCGAGGAGAUGAUGAUGAUGAUGGCAUCCAGUCCCCGGGAGGCCGCCGACAUCCUCAAACCCACCGAGCACCUCUGCGAGCCGGACAACUGCUCCCCGCGUGCUAAAGAGUUAACCGCUGAGCCCAUGUGAACACUCUGGCAGCAGUGGUUGAAGAUGAACACAUGUCACGCGGAGCAACGACUGCAACCACGUCACUUGACAAUGUUGCGUGUGUCCGUGUUUGUGGGGUCUAUGCGUUCCAAAAAAAGUCACACAAAUAGGCAAGCUGACAAGUUCUCCUGCCGGAAUGAUUGAUCUACUGGAUUGAUUUAUGCAGUGUCAUUGAAAUUUGACACCACUUUUUUAUUGGUUUGAAUGGAUUGUAAAUAAAGUGUGUCUGUUUUGUCCUUUA